CAGGUCCAGGAUUUGGGUCUUCAACAGUCCUACAGGGAUGACCGCGGAACUCACGACUUCAUCCGUCGCGUGAUGGCAUUGCCGUUCCUUCCUGAAGACGAGAUUGUACCACAGUUUGAGCGUUUGGAGUCGCAAGUAACCGAGGAGGGAAACCUUAGACAGUUCAUCCAGUACGUCCGAUCAACCUGGAUAGAAGGCAGCACCUGGGAGCCGUCGACCUGGACCGUCUUCCUACAGUCCGUACGAACGAACAACGACGUAGAGGGCUGGCAUCACGGACUUCACCGUCGCGCCUCCAGCAGAUCUCAGCUUCCUCUGUAUCUCCUGAUCGAUCUGCUUCAUCGAGAAGCCCGACUGACAUCCCUUCACAUCCGGCUGGUGUCUGAGAAAAAGCUGAAGCGGGUACAGCGAAGAAAGUACAGGAAACAGCAGGCCAAGAUAUUUAGCCUAUGGGAUGAAUAUUGGAGUGGGGACAAGAACGCCCGACAGCUUCUAAGAGCUUGUUCAUAUAUCAAUGGGCCAAGCUUCUGA